CCCGGUUGAUGCAUCUUGACUGAGUCGAGACUUGUCAGAGUGAUAGGCUCUCGGGAUUAGGAUGUAUUGAUUUUAUUCUUUCGUUCUCACUUCUCUCACUCAAUCCUCGUGAGUGUCUUUCGAGCUUAUUAGUUCUCGGUUUGACUAUCUCUCAAUGUCCCAAAUGACGACCGAUACCCCGACUACCAAACGCCUUCACAUUACCCCUUUCACGCCAGAACUCCUCCCGUCCGUGUUAGCUGCCUCGGUCCGGCCCUUGGCUACUGAAGUCUCUUUCCACUGCAUCCCAACCUAUCCGGAGAAUAAUUACGGCUACGUGACCUUGCCUGCAAUGGAGGCGGAUAAGGUGAAAAAGAAGCUCAACGGGUCCAUUCUCAAGGGGCGGAAAUUCAACGUGGAAGAAGCUCGGUCGCAUAAGAGACCUCGAGACGAGACUGGGGCCGAGAACCCGGCGUCCGAUCGCAAAUCAUCCUCCGACAAAAAACAGAAAAAACGCAAGUCCGAGGACAAUGUAUUAGAUGGCUAUGAGCUCCCGUCGGAUCGCAAGGUCAAACGAGGCUGGACCGAAUCGACACAGCACAAGGGCGAAAGGCGCAAGGAUGAAAAAAAGAAAGGCAAGGACCGGAAAUCGUCCAAAUCUCAGGCCAAAUCCAAAUACACCGAAAACCCCGAAUGUCUUUUCCGGACAAACAUCCCUCCAAACCGACACUCGCCCGUCGACGAGAAGCAAGAAAAACAGUCUAAGAAAAAGAAGAAGCCCUCCCAGGAGUCGGUGGUUCAUGAAUUCGCCAAGACAGUGACUCACCCAAGCUUCCUUCGGUCGACCGGCGAGGAGGCAGCACCCACAUCUAUCUUCGUAGAGGGUAAGGGGUGGGUGGACGAGACAGGGAAUGUCAAGGAACCAGCAAGCGAUCGCAUCAGGAAAGCCGAUUAUAAACCAGGGCAAGUAGAUGGAGCCAAGCAGAAAGGUCGAUCAGCAGAGACGACUUUGCCUAGCGGGAAAUCCAGUUCCAAGAAGCCCUCCCCGAAAAUGGAGGAAACCGACGAAUCGGAAGAUUGGACAUCCUCCAGUGGCGCUACAUCAUCUGACGAUGAGAGUAUGUCGUCUAGUUCGUCGGAUUCAGAAUCGUCUUCGGGUGAUGAAGCGUCGGAUGGGCAGACCAAGCCUGAAACAGCUGCUGAGGCCCAUCAUGGCGGCCACUCGGACGCGGAAGCAAAAGCAGAUGGCAAUCAGACUUCCGCCGAAACGGCUGAGAAGUCUCUCAUGCCAGAAGUCCACCCACUAGAAGCGCUUUUCAAACGGCCUGCUCUAGCCUCGGCUGAACCAAAGGUUCAGCCCGAGCCGAAUGCACAAUUCAGUUUCUUUGGACAAGAUGAUAUAGAAUCCGAGGACGAGACGGAAGAACCGGCUGCACCGCAAACACCUUUCACAAAGAACGACCUGCAAAAUCGAGGACUAAGGAGCGCCGCCCCAACGCCUGACACGGCUUUGUUCAAUCGGGCCGUGAACUGGAACAUGGAUGCAGCCGAGGCCACGGACGCGGAUGAUGCAUCGUAUAGCACCACCACCACCCCGGUUCCGAAGACCGCAAGUGGGUCGAAGGAAGAAUCUGAUUUCACGAAAUGGUUCUGGGAUAAUCGUGGAGACAACAACCGUGCCUGGAAGAAGCGAAGGCGGGAUGUCGCCAAGGAACAGCGACAGCGGGAGAACAGGAAGAAAGGAAUGAGAGGGAAGUCUUAGUUCUAAGCCAUAACUAUAAUGCAAGUCUCCGGCACGACAUGCCUCCGUGUGCUCGGGGUCUU